AUGCCUGUUGAUGUAGCAGGAACAGGUGUACUUGAUGUGUGCGUAGAAAAGUGUUCUAAACAUCCAACAAAGGUUACUGAAUACUUUUGCCGGUCAUGUGACACACUUGGAUGUAGUGCGUGCGUAACUACAAACCAUCACCAAUGCCAAAAUGUUGACCAUAUACCGGACAUUGUUACAGAUCUAGAAAGCAAUGUGGAAUUCAAAGAGUUUGUUGAAUACUUCGAUAAAAAUCUUACGGCGGUAAAACAAAGAAAAGAAAAAAUUAAUUCAAGAAAAACUGAGGUAGAGGAAAUGAAAAAGCAGGCAAAGGCAGAGCUUAAAAAACAGCGUGAUGAGAUAAACAAGUUUUUUGACCAACUGGAGGAUGAAAUGGAAAAUGAGAUAACAGAGAUUGACAAAAAUAAUAAGGAUAGAUUAAAAGCAGCGUCAGAAAGAUGUAAUACCAUAAAUGAUGAACUAAACAAAAUGAAAACUGCUAUCGAGACAAACAGAACAAAUGGAAAAAAUUGUGAACUGUUCGUGAAAAUGAAAAGAUCGAAACCGGAUAUUGAAAAGCUUGACAGUCAGUUUGAAAUACUAUAUGAAGAGAGCAAAGUACAAAGAUAUAAACUAGUGCAAUCCGCACAGACAAAGCAAAUAAUGAAAAACACAACUGAAAUAUGCAGAAUGUUAAAACUUGUUUCAGAGAUUGAUGUAAGCUCUUGCAAAGACAAGAAAAAACCACGUAUUGAAGGGAUGUCAUUGGUACAGAGACAUUACCUUGCUGUAGGAGACGGUACCAAUAAAGCAGUGAAAAUUAUUGAUACUAGAAAUGGCAGAGUAACAUCUGAAAUUAGUUUGGACUGUGAAUAUAUAUGGAGUGUCACAAAUAUCAAGAACGACCAAAUUAUAGUUUCACUGACAUCUCCUGAACCUAAAUACCAGAAUAAUCUUCUCACGCUGACUGUAUCAGCGUCGGGUACGCUAAGUAAAGGUAACGUGAUAACAACUAAAGAAACAGUUUACGAUGUUGCUGCCAUUGCAAAACAACUCUAUGUGUUACAUAACAAUGCAAUCAAAGUACUCGAUAUGCAUGGAAAUGUUACAAAAACAACAAGAUAUGAUUACACUUCCAUUCCUUCUAUAGUUUUAAGUCCUGACAAGAAAAUCAUUUACCUGACAAAGUAUACAAAUAAUAUUGUAACAAGUAUGACCUUGGAUUGCAAGGUCACAGCUACCUACAAUGACAUAGAUCUUAAAUAUCCCUGGGGUAUAACAGUGGACGAUGAGGGUUUUGUCUAUGUAAGAACCGAUGAAGGCAUUCAUCAGUUGACAAAAGACUGUACCAAGGUUCAGAUUAUCUUAGACGACGAGAAUUGCGGAAGUAUAACCUAUUCUGGUGCAGAUAAAAGGUUGUACGUAGUACAAGCUGAGAAAAUAAAAGUGUAUGAACUGAAGUAG